AUGUUUUCCGCUACUGUCCGUUCUGCUUUGAGAUCAAGAUUAUCUGCUCAAGUUCCAAGAACUUCUAAUGCUUUAAGAGCUGUCACCAUCUCCAAACCAUUGACUUCACAAAUCAGAUCUUAUUCUUCAAACCAUCAUGAAGAAACUUUUGAAGAAUUCACUGCUAGAUUUGAAAAAGAAUUUGAAAAUGCUUACGAUUUAUUCGAAGUUCAAAGAAUUUUAAACAACUGUUUUGCUUAUGAUUUGGUCCCAGCCCCAGCUGUAAUUGAAAAAGCUUUACAAGCAUGCAGAAGAGUUAACGAUUAUCCAACUGCCGUUAGAACUUUUGAAGCUUUGAAAUUCAAAGUUGAAACCCCAGAACAAUACCAAGCUUAUUUGGAGGAAUUAAAGGAUAUUAGAAAAGAAUUAGGUAUUGAUUUGAAAGAAGAUUUAUAUGCUGAAGAUAAAAUCUAA